AUGACUCGAUUACUUAUUUUAAUACUUCAUGUCUUUACGGUCUUUUCGAUGGACCCCCCCAAACCAAACACUCCACCCCCUAAAGAAGAGAUGCAACAUACAGUACAACAUCCAACACAGCAGCCUCCACAACAUGUAAUUCCACAAAUAGUUAUUACUCCACCAGAAGAAGGUGCAACAGGAGGUGCAGAUGAAGUUGACUACCCAACUGCUUUUCCUCAAAGUCCUAAAAAGACUAUUGGCCAAAAAAUUAAGGAGUGUCUCUUACCAAGUUCAAGAUGUCAAAGUCCAGUUCAUCAAACAGUUUUAGAAACAGACGAAGAACCAUUUCCAACACAAGAGUUUAUUGACCGACUUAUGCUAUAUGAACAACACCACGAUUUGUUCAUGCGUGAUCUUCACUUUCUUCAAAAUCGAGCUCGACGUAAAGGAAUCAAAUUUCCAAUUGAAUUUGCAGACAAAGUCCUUCGAAUUAAAAACGAAGAGAUGGAGAACCACAAGUUCUUUGCUAAGAUCAUAGAAGAGAAAACUGCAACAUAUGAAGAGUUCAUUAUUUUUCUUAAAAAUAUUAUUCAAUUGUAUCAAACAGAAAAUAUUAAAGAAGGAUAUGGUUACUAUUUAAAAUCAAUUCCAGCUGCUUUGGAAGCUGCCGAAGACACGUUCUAUAUGAAUAAAAUACCAAAAAAGCGGAUGCGUCAUCAAAUCUUUCUCAACAUGUUUUAUUACAGAGAAAAGCUUGAACUCAUAAGCUUAUUAGCACUCUACUUUAAAUGUGAAACUACAGAAACAUACCUUUUAGCUCAAAAGAACAUGGAGAUGUUCAUGGCUAAAUUAGAGAGUGAAGCUGACAAAAAUUACCUCAAAAAGAAGAAAUUUGAAGAGCGCCAAAGACGACUUUGGAUUGUCAGAACACCUCCAAGAGUCUCUCUUUCACGUAUAGAAGCUCAAGAAGAGAAAACAGCAACAAGUGACAUUUAUCACCAUUCUUGA